GACUCACAGACUGACAGCUUCCCAGGACAUUUAAACCUCAGAUCAUGUGAGUCCACAGGCUGUAUCCGCGCAUCAUGAUCCAGAGAGAUGGCUGUGACCGGAGACAGGUGGAGCCCCUGAUCGUCACUAACCUGGUUUACUGCAUCCUGCUGCUCUACACCAGACAGGUGUCUGCACUGGCCGACUUCUCAGGAUAUUUGACGAAGCUGUUGCAGAACCACACAGUGUUUGCGUGUGACGGAGAACACCUGAUCCUGCAGUGCCCUCGUCAUUCUACGGUGAGCGUACAGUCUGCGUUUUAUGGGCGUUCGACACAGGGCUCCCCAAACUGCACCUCCUCCUCUUCCGAGACAAUGCAGAGGUCUAAUGUGAGCUGCAUGGCACUAACUGCCUUUCAGAAAGUACUGGACGAAUGCCAGAACCUCCGAUCCUGCCAAGUCCUUGUGAACAGCCGUGUGUUUGGGCCAGACCCAUGUCCGGGUAUAACCAAAUAUCUUCUGGUUUCCUACAAGUGCAAGCCUACCGAAUAUAAAUCUACAACUAUAUGUGAAAAUACCGAACUGAAGCUUCAUUGCAAAGAGCCCAAACUCCUCAAUAUCUAUUCAGCUGUGUAUGGAAGUUUUGCCUAUGAAAAGAAUGUGUGUCCAGCAGAAACAGACCGUCGAUCUCCCUAUGAUUGUUUGUCAUACUCUGCAUUAGACGUGCUGGCACAGAGGUGUUACGGCAAACAAAGGUGCAAAAUGACGGUCAAUGAUCAAAACUUCGGAAGUCCGUGUCUUCCAGGAGUUAGUAAAUAUCUAACUAUUAAUUAUUCAUGUGUUCCCAAAAUCAUACUGACUGAGGUCGAUCCAAAGGUUUCUAUUCUAAUGCCUUCUUUGAAGCAGAAUGAUGGUGAAUAUGAUAUCAAACUUGAGCCUCGGGAAACACGACUUCCCAACAAAGAUGGAAUUUUUCUUAGCAAUGUCCUGGCUGCGUUUUCUUAUAUUAGAGACCAUCCAGAAUCAGCUGCUUUAUACUUUGUGUCAAGUGUUUGCGUUGGCUUGAUAUUUACUUUGUUCGCACUGGUAAUCCGAAUCUCAUGGAAGAAAGACCAGCGCAAAACUCCAAAAAUGAAUGGACAUGUUUUGCAACAAAAGGACUUGGAAGAAUCGGCAAACUCCAGUGAGUCGGAAAGUUCUACAAAAUCCCACUUUUCCGAGGAGUUCCAAGAGCUUUGCAAAGCGUCACGUCCAGUUCAUCAUGCAGUAGACGCAGCGGACCUCGCUGAAAGGAUAGAACGAAGGGAACAAAUUAUUCAGGAAAUUUUGAUGAAUAGUGGUUUGGACUUGCCCCCUUGUGGACUUACAAACUCUUUCUUUUAACCUGGAUAUAUGUGGCAUUGAUAUGGGUAUUGUUAUAUAAAUGUCAGCCUAUCCAACUACAGGAUGUCUUGUGUUUUGUAAGCUUGUUGUUGUUGAGCUAUAACUCUCAUUAUGCUCAGACAAGUGCUGGGAUCAUAGUUCAACAACAGUGUGAAAUCCCAAGGUUGCCCAGCUUAAAACCUUCUGUGAAGGAAAAUGAAAAUAUAAUUUAGCUUUUAUUAAGACAAGAAAUGUGGAAGAUUACAUUUUUACAUAUCAAUUCUGUUGCAUAAUUUUAAAAAGCUUAUAUUUUUGUAAAGAUUUAUAUUUAUCUACAUUCAAUGUGUGAUUAAAACUCUAGGUCUUCGAAAUAAAAAAGUAUUAAAAUAUUUAUGCAAAUGUGUCCCUUAGCAACAAUGUAACUGAGCUAUUAACUCCUUCAUUGGUAACUACAACAGCUAAAUGGAGGGUCUUUAAUGUGAUCUAGUAUGUAUUGCUUUUAUGUAUGUUAAAUAUAUUUAAUUUAUUUAUGCAAUGUAGUAGAAAGAGUCAUUCCUGAAAAAUGACAUUAAUGAUCAUCUUGAGAUGUAAAAGUUAUAUCCUGCCAGAAACUCAAAAAAUAUAUUAGAUUUACUUAUUAAACCAGGAGUUGUGUAGAAUUGACAAGGGGAUUGGAAGUUGUUGAUUAAAAUAGUUUAAAUGGUUAAAUAGGCGAGUUAGAUUCACACCACAGCUGCCCUAUUUUAUUGUGAAAUUAAAGGGACACUCUAGACCCCUAAAGCAAAGUAGUAUCUUUCUUGUUUCUUUUUCAUUUUACAAAAGUGUAGAUUUCAAUAGAAGUUGGCAUUUAAAUUUAUCUUACACCCUCCGUAUGCCAAUCAGACAACAUGUCCUGUUACUUCCUGGUUUGGUUAGCUCAGUGGAUUGCCCUGAGCAAAUACUUCUCACUGAGCUGCAUUGGAAAGUCUGUAAUUGGACAGCCACAGAAAGUCUGGGCGGGGUUAGAAGGGGACGGCUUGCAAAGGCUGCAGACAAGAGAACUGCAGCUUUUGCAAGCUUUUUUUUUUAGUAAUCCCCCCUCCCAUAAAAAAAGUAUAAUUAAAUUAAUGCAUACUUUCAUCUUGAAUAUAUUUAAUAAACUCUGAUUUUUAUUUCUUUGUAUUUGGCAGUGGAGUGUCCUUUUAACAGUUCCUUUACCUGUUCAUCUCAAUUUCUGGUUGGAAAAAAAGCUCAGUAAAAAUAUAAUGGAUUAUUAAAAUGCCAUUAAAGCUAAAUGUGAUGUUUAUUGAAAUAAACACUGUUUGUGUGUGGAGGGGAGGUAAAAAGCUAAUGGAUGGUUAACCAUGAAAAACAUCUGGUAAUUAUGUAUUAACUUUUUCUGCCUCCAACAAACAGUUUGACAGGGAAUAUAACUAGAACAUGUUUCAUAAUAAAAAAAAAUUCUAAUUCUUAUAUGUUGAUUUGGGAGAUUUAUUGUUUAACACAUAUAUGGAUGCUUUAUACUUGGUGUUUUUUAGCAUUUCUCCAUCAUGUUUGAUGUGUUACAGAACUGCCAAAGAACAGGUUCACUGUUAGAACUUUUAGGACUUGAGGUUUGGCUUAUCUUCAUUUAUAACUGGUAUCACUAGUUGAUGUAGUGUGUUCGUGGAUUGAUAAGACAUACGGUAGUCUUUAAUACCCAUUUUGUUUGAGCAGCUGAAUCUGUUUACGAAGUCCCACCUGACCGCAAGCACAGUCUUUGGUAGAAACUUUAGAAUUCGUUUGUUUUUUUUAUUUUGAGCGUUCCAAGAUCCUUCUCAAGGUGAUGUUUUGGUGGAGCAUGUUGAAUGUCCGUGACGUUAAAUUAAUCUUUUAUUUAAUAUGCAAAAUGAGCAACU